UCUCCUUCCAUGGUGGCGGACUACCUCCUGCCCGAGCGGCCAGCCACAGCAAGGCCUCGCUAGGACCGCUUCGCAGCAGAUCGAUGGCAUCUCCCAGGACCAUCACCAUCGUUGCCCUCUCGGUGGCCCUGGGGCUCUUCUUUGUCUUUAUGGGGACCAUCAAACUGACUCCUCGGCUCAGCAGAGAUGCCUACAACGAGAUGAAACGAGCCUACAAAAGCUACGUGCGGGCCCUUCCCAUGCUGAAGAAGAUGGGAGUCAGCUCUAUCCUUCUCCGCAAGAGCAUCGGUGCCCUGGAAGUUGCAUGUGGCAUUGUCAUGACUCUGGUGCCUGGUCGCCCCAAGGACGUGGCCAACUUUCUCCUCCUCCUCCUCGUGCUGGCUGUGCUCUUUUUCCACCAGCUAGUGGGGGAUCCACUCAAGCGUUAUGCCCAUGCCCUAGUCUUUGGGAUCCUGCUUACUUGCCGCUUGCUGAUUGCCCGCCAGCCUGAGGAGCAGCCGCCAGAAAAGAGGAUCCUGUCCGUGAAUGGGGACGAGCAGCCACUUGUCCACGAGGCAGCUCCUGAGAAAGGGAAAAUGAAGGUAUCCUAGUUGAGUGUGUUUGAGGAAUACGGACCCGUGAGGCAGCUCUCUCCUAAAGCACCCAGAAAAUUUGUUUUUUAUUUACCUAUUUAUAUAUUUUUGGCUGUCUAAAUAAAGUUGCACUUAAGAUCUGAGA